AUGUUGUUGCACAUAAAGAAGGCUACGUUUGUUGCCUUUUUAUCUCUCUCUCUCUCUCUCAAAAACUCUCUCUCCAACCAAUUCACAUCUCUCAAACCAAUUCACAUCUCUCAAACCCUCUCUCUAUAUCUCUCUGUCUCUCAAACCAAAUCUCUCUCUCCUCUCCAUCUCUCUGCCUCUCUAUCAAACCAAAUCUCUCUCUCUCUAUCUCUGUCAUUCAACCAAAAACCCCAGUGUGACGGCGACGGUGACGCACGGGCACACAGGGGCUCGGGCUUGCCUGAGAAACAACGCAAGCAUUUGCCCGCUGACAAGCAGUACCUUCAGACCCGCAACGUUCCUUGCUUCCCUCAAGAAGACCGCGAGGUUGAAGAGAUGAUCGUCGAGGGCAGUGAUGACGAAGCUUGGGUAGCCACCUCCAUUCAAGGCAUGACGGACACGGUGGAUGAGCUGCCCGAAGAAAAGACUCAAACUACGCAAGCGCCAGUCGAUCCCGAUGACCUUGAUGAUGACGAUGACAUUCCCACCCUUGAGGAUGAGGAUUACUCUGGUGCUGCCGUGGUCGACGAUGACGACAGUGGCGCGGCUGAGGAGACAGUGCGUCAGCUCCGCACGUACGACAUCACCAUUCACUACGAUGGACAUUACUCGACGCCGCGCGUUUGGUUGCGCGGCUAUGCGGCUUCCGGGGAGCCUCUCCAGGGCGACGAGUGGGAGUCAGACUUUAGCGUGGAUCACGCAAACAAAACAGUGACUCUGGAGCAGCACCCGCAUCUUCCCGAUCACUGGGUGUCUAUUCACCCCUGCAAGCAUGCCGAGGCCAUGAAGAAUAUGAUGGACACUGUUUCGGAUGGUGCUGCCCUUGACGUCAAGUACUACAUGGUCAUCUUCCUCAAGUUCCUGCAGGUGAUCAUUCCCAGCAUCAGCUAUGACUUCACCUCCAGCUUUCAGGUCGUGCGCCAGAUGAAUCCAGAGGAGAUGCAGGCCGCUGCCGCCACUGGUGCUCCCGCCGCCGCUGCCAAUUGA